AUGCUCAAAUUUUUUGUCUCUGUUUUAGUUAGUUUUGGUUUUGGUGCUGCCUUCAGAGGAGCAGGUCUAAGCCGCCAAUUUAAAGUGAAAGAAAUCAAAGUUAAAGAUAUAACUCCUUAUUCUAUUGAGGUUGAUUAUUCUUCUGAGCCAAAAAAUUCUGAAGAUGGCACUUCAAAAUCUAAAGUAUACCAUACGGUGUUAUUUAAUGAGUUUACUACUAUUGGAACGCGUAAAAUGAUGAGUUUCCCACGUACAAGUGAUUUUAAUUUUUCAUUAAAUUAUGCCAAACUAGAUGACGAAAUCGCUAGAGAUUUUGGGCCUACAAAUAUCGCAAUUUCUAAAAUUACUGGUUUGACUGAUGCUAUCAAGCAAUUUAAUGAUGUUGGUGUAGACCGCCCUAAAGUCAAAGUUACUUUGCAACUAUCUGAUUCCGGUUUAGUUUCUGCAACAGAUGCUAUCGUGACUAUUGAACAUCAGUCUUUGGCAGAUAAAUUCAAAUCAUUUUUUCAAUCAGAAGAGUCAAUUAAAGAUGUUCCAUUACCAGACGAAACGUCAAAUUCAGUGAAUGCGGCAGAAUCUACACCAGAA